AUGGUUGAUGGCUAUGGUUCGACGGAGACGGGAACAGUCUCUGGCAUGCCAUUGUCGAAAGAGCUCAUCGGCAACAAGGCGGGCUCUGUGGGCCUCCCAGGCCCGUUGACGGCGGUCCGGGUCGUAGACGAACGGGACGAGGAUGUUUCUAUUGGUGUAUCUGGAGAGAUCCUAGUCUCCGGUCCGAGCGUGACCCCGGGCUAUUGGAAUCAGCCAGAAGAAAACCUUACCGCUUUCACGACAGACGGGUGGUUCCGUACUGGCGACGUUGGGCGAGUUGACGAGGACGGUUAUGUCUUUUUGAUUGACAGGCAAAAGAACAUGUUCAUCUCGGGAGGAGAAAAUGUGUAUCCUGCUGAAGUCGAGGCUGCAAUGGCUGAGCACCCUGGUGUGGUUGAUGUUGCAGUUGUCGGUGUGCCGGAUCAGUUCUGGGGCGAAGCCGGGCGCGCCUACAUAGUUGCAGCACCUGGCUUUCAACUCACACACGCAGACUUGGUAGAUCAUUGCCGUUCACUGAUUGCUCGGUACAAGGUGCCAAGAGAAACUGUAUUCGUUGGGGAUUUCCCUCGGACGGGCUCAGGCAAGGUUCAGAAGCACCUACUAGCAGACGUGUCUGUGGCAAGACUGUAG